GCUCAGCAAAUUUGCUGAGAUUCAUGUCUCUUUCUCCCCGUCCUACGCUCUGCUCGACACUUCAUCGGACCAUCCCGGCACGAUGCGCUAUUGACAAGAUCAAUAGUAACCUUCUUUUUAGGGUAAGCGAUUGACUAUGGCGUUGGGCUACUAGGGUAGGUGCAGGACUCUGUGAUUUCGCUCAUUGACAACGCGGAAACCACGAUGGAAGAUAGUUUGCACCCCCUCUUCUACACUUCAGAGCUCUUGGCCUUAUACUCGUUUCCCGAAUUUUGCUGCAAAAUGGCUUCUUCUGUCUCUCAACCUCGACACGGAUUUUCGGCAUUAUACUACGCUUUGCGCCUUGCGCCCGGUUCGAACCCGUUCUAUCCUUACGCUUGGGUACAAACCAACCCGAAUCCGCUUUGGUAUCUGGAGAUUUCUACCGACAGCGUCCAGGAUGGCUACCCUCAUCGAACUCCCAGCCGAACUUCACAUACCUAUCGCCUCUCAUCUCGAACUUUGCGACCUUCUAUCCCUUCGCCAGUCCUGUAAAGCAUUGUACAGACACGAAAUCUACCGCGAAAAAAUUAGAAAAGAGCUACGUUGUCUCGACGCGCAAACCAAGAAUGCUGCCGAAAAAUGCGAGAAAUGGUUGCCCAGCGGAUCCGGCCUCCUGAUCGCAAUUGCUGGAUACGAGACUGCUCGUAAUCCUAUCCUCGUUAGUAAUUGGCUCAGGCAUGCGGAACAAGAGCAGGUACCCAGCAUUGCGGCGUCUUGGGCUAGCGACCGAACGAAAAUGCGCUUGUAUUGCGGUUCAUGCAUGGCGAUGAAGCUGCUCGCCGCCUUUCCGUACGCAGAUGUUCGGUCGAAUAGAAAAGACCACCGAAGUGUGAGCUGGAAAGAUAUUCGACGAUGGAACCCCUCUUGCAAGAGCAAGCAGACCAACUGCCCAACUCUUCACGCGCAGGAAUCCGGUGCUGGUCAAUGUGGAGAUUGCCGGAUCAGUGCAGGGUACCGGGGCUGGCUCCGUUUAGGUCCGUUCGCGGCCGAGAUGAUCAUUCGAUGCGAAACAUGCCAUCGGAUAAAACGGAUGGCUGGCAACGAUCCAGGCUGCACCAAGUGGCUUCGACAAGGGAACGAGUGUUACGAGUGUCAUAUUCAGCGUCCUAAGUACCGGGAAAUAUACAGGCUGUUGGAAAUCGAGGAGGCGAAAUUUGCACGGGCGGAGCAGAGGCUCAAGAAGGCACGGAUGCUUUUGAACCGGCAGGUACCGCCGAGCGUGGAACAGGCGAAACGGUCGAUUCGGUCCCGGGUCAAGCGCAAAAGGAUUCCGUAGAGUUAUCUUUGCGGAGCGAUCAUGGGUAUCACACAUUUGAUCAGCCUAGUGGUGAAAUGGCUUUCGUAAUCUGCGGCGUCGAGGGUGUUCAAUCCGACCAAGGUUGCCCCCCCCCCC